AUGUCUACCUUCGGCUACCGGAGGGGCCUGAGCAAGUACGAGUCCAUCGAUGAGGACGAGCUCCUCGUUGCAGAAGACGACAAAGAGGAGAGCGAGGAGGAGCUCGUCUUCACGGAAAGUAACAGCGAGGUUUCGGAGGAGGUGUCCACGGAGGGGGAGNNNGAGGAGGAGGAGGAGGAGGAGGAGGAGGGGGACAGCGACGGCGAGGACAGCGACGCCGGGGACAGCGACGGCGGGGACAGCGCGGCUGAAGACCAGAAACGCAUCAAUGGAGCCGUGACUCACGACGGUGCCAACUCCGCCAGCUCCGGGCCAAAGACAUUUAAAAGUCAAGUGGAGAACAUCACCUUGACGAACGGCCACGGCGGCAGGCACCCCGAGCCCGCGGCCGCCACGCACCCCAGCGGGAACCCCACGGUCAUCGAGGACGUGCUGGCCAAGGUCAGGGCCAACGACCCCGGCACCACGGAGGUGAACCUGAACAACCUGGAGAACAUCAGCGCGCAGACGCUCGCGAGCUUCGCCGAGGCGCUGCAGCGCAACACGGCCGUGCGCGCCGUGAGCCUGGCCAACACGCGCGCCGACGACAGCGCCGCGCUCGCGCUGGCCGCCAUGCUGCAGGUGAACCGGCACGUGGCCAGCGUCAACAUCGAGUCCAACUUCAUCACGGGCCGCGGCAUCCUGGCCAUCGUGCGCGCGCUGCAGCACAACGCGGUGCUCACCGAGCUGCGCUUCCACAACCAGAGGCACAUCAUGGGCAGCCAGGUGGAGAUGGAGAUCGUGCGGCUGCUGAAGGACAACACCACGCUGCUGCGCCUCGGCUACCACUUCGAGCUCCCGGGGCCGCGGAUGAGCAUGACGAGCCUCCUGACGCGCAACAUGGACAAGCAGCGGCAGAAGCGGAUGCAGGAGCAAAAGCAGCAGGAGGGCGGCGACGGAGGGCCCGGCCUCCGGCCCGCGGCCUGGCAGCGGGGCACGCCCGGCUCCUCGCCCCCGCUCCCGGAGAAGAAGCUCAUCACCCGCAACAUCGCCGAAGUCAUCAAGCAGCAGGAGAGCGCCCAGCGGGCGCUACAGAACGGACAGAAAAAGAAGAGAGGCAAGAAGGUUAAGAAACAGCCCAACAACCUCCUCAAGGAAAUAAAAAACUCCCUGAGGUCGGUGCAGGAGAAGAAAGCGGAGGAGAGUUCCCGACCUUCGACCCCGCAGAGGUCAGCUCAUGACAACCUCAUGGAGGCGAUUCGGGGGAGCAGCAUAAGACGGCUAAGGCGGGUGGAAGUUCCAGAUGCUCUGCGAUAAAAGCACAGAAGAUGCAGAAUUGUUCAUUGGUAUUAAACAAAGUGCAUCGUGAGAUGUUUCUAAAAUACCUUCUUCAG